AUGGAGGAAAGAGAGGAACCAAAGCCUCCAAAGAUCAACCUAAAGGGCAAGAAGUUAUCUGUAAGGGCAAUCAACCUGGAGGAAAUCAAGAGGCAUCCAACGGUGCAUGUCUCGCCACGAGGAACAGGGAACUCGACCAAGCCAUCAGGCGCAAGGUGGAACUGCCUCUGCUCUCCCACCACCCAUGCAGGCUCCUUCAGGUGCCGUCACCACAGACUUGCUGGCAUGACAAGGGGAGGCUCUGUCGGAUCAAAACUGUCGUUUCUUGCCAACUCCAAAUCUGAACCCAUCAGUGAUUCGCUGCAAGCUCAGUAG